AUGGCGAGGCCGCGUUACUGCCCCGGCUUGGGUUACAGCGCUCGCACGCACACGGCCCGUCGCGGUGUCCGCGACACGUCGCAUUCCCCUCCCGUGGCCACAAUGACAUCGAUUAACCUCACCGGCUCUCGUUCAAGUAUUAAUUCCUUACUGGACAGACCACCUAGCUUCAACAGAUCCACGAAUGAUUUUAAACUUUUCGCUACUCACGGAGUGUAUGGAGUCAUUGGCGCGAACGGGCGUAAGAUUGGCGCGAUACGUUGCUGCGAGCUAAGCGGCCCGCACUGCCCGGCGGACCAUGAAAUCUACGACAAAGGCGCCACCUGGCGACCGGGGGCGAUAAUUAAAAGCGUCUCGCGGCUUUUUGCGCGAGUGUACCCCGGUUCUUCGGAGAACCCUCCGUGUUGUCGCGCGAAGAAGCGGGGUUUUUGCCCGGGGCACGGGUCAGGCGCGCUGAGACAAAACGCUCCCGGGCCGGGCGUCGUGCCGCCGGGUUGGUUCCGCGUGCCGUCCCCGGCGAGCGCUAAUCGCUUCAUUCGGCGCUCGGCGGGCGCUUCGCCCCCGUGCCCGAUCGGUCACGCAUUCCGGCGCGACACGAUGGGCCCGCGUCUCCGUGUCGCAUGUCCCCGAUGUCGGCCGUGUGGACUGUACGGAGCUCUAUCGGCGACAGUUCUAUCGGAUAUGAGAAUGGUUCUGGACGCUUCUGAU